CGUCAGUUUAUCAACCAGAUCCAUGGUCGCCCCGUGGCCGUGAAGCUGAACAACGGCGUGGACUAUCGCGGUGUGCUGGCUUGCUUGGAUGGCUAUAUGAACAUUUGCCUGGAGCAGACGGAGGAGUACGUAGAUGGGCAGCUGAAAAACAAAUACGGCGACGCAUUCAUCCGCGGCAACAACGUGCUCUACAUAUCCACGAAGAAACGGAGAGUUUAGUUGUAGAACUGAAGUUUAUUUCAUAAAUACAACCGAAACUCUAUUCUGAA